GGCAGCACCUGUACCCAAAGAUGUGGCUCAUUCUGCUAUUAGCUUUCGCCAUAACUAGCCUGGGAAUCUGCGAGAGGAACACGUCAGACACGGCCGGCGAGGAGAAGCUGGCCAUAGCCAGGGGUAAGAUCAUGGCUCCCAGCGUGAUUGGAUGAUCGAUCAAGAAGAUGCCUGAACUCCGUGAAUUUUUGAUGGAGCGCUGGGCAUUGUACCAUAACCUAGAAUAUGAAUCAGGGGAGGAGAAAAAUCCUCGGCUCAUUUUCUACAAUGCGAAAGAGGACGUCGUAAAGACGGUUCCGGUGAAAAAGAUGAAAGCUGAUGAGAUCAGCAAUCUUCUGGAUUCUCUGGGUUUUUACAAGAGGUCCAAGAAGGGAGAAGAAGUACCUGAGGAAUUCCAGCAUUUUCCCCUGAAGUCUCCCAAAGAUGAGCUUUGAGGACACCCUGUGGCUACCUUUGUUACUGCA